CAUCCGCCAACACAAAACCGAAGAAUUCUCGCCAUUUCCUAUCUCUCCGUUCUCUCCUCUCUCUCUCUCUCUCUCACAUACACACACGAUCUCUACACACACACGUUCUCUCCUCUUCUCUUCUCUCCUCACACACACGCACGCACACGCCCUCCCUCCUCACCCAUGGCCGACUACCACCGCCCCUACCGGAGCGACCUCGACCUCGACCUCCGCCCGCCGCCCUCCUCGGCGCCCCGCUCCAACGGCUACUUCUCCUCCUCCUCCCCCGCCGCCAACGCCUACUUCACCCCCGCCCCCAAGGGCGCCACCGCCGCCGCCGACCGGCGGAUCGAGAUCUACACCACGGGGCCCCCGCCGCUGCCUCCCCCUCCGCGCCUCGCGCUGCCGCCGCCGCCCGGGAGGAGGGACGGCGGCGGCCUCGGAGGAGGUGGGGGAGCUGCCGGAGGAGGAGGUGGCGGUGGCGGCAUGUGGUGCUUCAGUGACCCGGAGAUGAAGCGGCGGCGGCGAGUGGCGAGCUACAAGGCGUACUCGGUGGAGGGGAAGGUCAAGGCGUCGCUGCGGAGGGGGCUGCGCUGGUUCAAGGGCAAGUGCUCCGAGAUCUUCCACGGAUGGUAAAAACCUUGUGGGGUUGUGAUUGCUCUCCUCGCGCCAUGGCUCCUCUCUUCCUCUCUUGGAACGGAGGGGGAUUCCCAAGAAACAACCUAAAGCCCUCGAAAACGUUUGCAUGCUAGAUUUAUUUUUUUCCCCUUGGAGAAGGUAAUGAUCCUGAUAUCUCUUCUUCUACUACUACUAAUUGGAUGAUGGGUUUGAGAUUCUUAUGAGUGUAUAUUGAUGAGCUAAUGGAGAGUGGGAGGGAUUUGCUAAACGGUCGGUGAUGCGUGUGCGGUAGGCAAACUUUGAGGAUUGAUACGCAUUUUGUUGUUGUUGUUGUGGUGGUGGUGGUGGUGAUAAUAACUAGCUGUGAUGUGUAUCUUUGUUACUGAUCAAAUGCUUUAGUAGUAGAGUUUGUGUGGGUGAAUGUAUCUUUGUUGAUCCAUAAAAGAAAUUCUCCUGCUGUUUUGGAGGCCUCUUGAGGCAUUUUAAUGUUCAACUCGAUUUGGUAUUGCUAACAUCGAUUAUUUGUUAUUUCGGGUACUGAAUUGGAGAUGGUGUAAUAUUUACUUGAUAGAUGUAAAGAUGUGUGUGAUGGUGAGUUUUGCUUUUAUUUUCCCCCUCUUGUUCAAUAUUCACCAAUAUUUUUGGUUAACUGUGUGGUACUGGUGUUCAUUU